CAAGAUGUCUAGGCCUAUUUUUAUUUUGAAUUUUAUUUUUGUGAUAUUCCCGCGGAAAACAGUAUCCCUUUGCAGUAUUCCUCCAAUCUGGCAAAAUAGAACGUAUGUGGUUGCACAGUUUUCAAAUGGUAGCUUCAAUGAAACCUCCUCCACAAAUGUUACAUUUGGAGGAACCACUGCAGUCUGGGGAGAUGGUCAAGGAAAUUCCAGUAUGUGGACAUGUCACUAUAUUGAUGAAAAGAGCAUUGUAUUGAAAAGCAAACUGAUGAAUGACAGCAACGAAGCUUUCCAGUGUUUGUUGUACAAGACAAUAAACGAAUCUAUAACUUAUUAUCAAACAAUAUCAGUGAACGAAAGCCAAUAUAUUACAUUUCCGCCAGCAUACAACCCCUUGGUUUGCGAUGUAUGCAAUGGUACCGAAACGGAAUUUUAUGUUAUGUUCUUGAAAGAAAAUUUGACCUGUGGAUGUGUCUCAGAGUGUAAUGAUGUUCUGUUUACAAAUCCCUGCAAGAGUCUUCAAAACGCUUCAAACAAAUGUGACUCUGAAACAGUAUCACCAACAAGUGAUGCAAAUUCAUCCUGGUCACGGCACCGAACUUCACCGAGUUCAGAAAAUAUUACCACCAGCUAUAUAGAGGUAACUGUUUCGUGGCAACAAUCAUCGCCAAGUGCAUUGGAUAAAGGACAAAUUCCAGGAAAUGAAGAAGACAGACUUCGUAUCCUGAUAAACCAUUAUGGAGCUUACAUUGCAUAUGGAUUGUCUGGACUAUUGUUUCUUGUUACUUGUAUGGCCUGGACUUGUCGUUGUUUUCGACUUGCAAAAAAGUCUUGCGAAAAGAAACGAAUAAUGAAAAACAAGGUUAACCCGGUCCAGGAGAAGAACUAGUCAAACUUGUUUCCGAGAUAUUCAUUUUAUAUAAAAACUCGGGCUUCUUUUCAAAUUAAUCUCUCUUUCUCUCUCUCUCUCUCUCUCAUAUUAUUUGAAAUGAGGUAUAUGUUAUUAAAAUGUAGUAAAUACUAGUGAUAGAAUUUUGAGGUAAUAUUUUAAACGACAAUAAAAUUUUGAAAAAGUACCUUUUGUCAGAUAGUGCAGAUAAAUCACCUUUAUAUAGAGUAUAUACAUGUAAUUCAUUGUGAACAAUGGUGAUAAAAUCUUCAACAAUAUCAAAAAUCAUUGUUUCGAAAAUUUGAGUUUAUAUACUUGCGUGUGAAUAUUAAAAUGAGAAAAAGUAAUACCUUAAGUUCGAUCAAGUUGAACACGUGGCUGUAACAAUCUCAUUGUUUCUUAAUAUUCUAGUGUAUACAUUGUAUAUACCGGUAAUUUGAAAUAUUGGUUGACUUAGUCCAGCCUUUACAAGGUACGGGUUUGAUAUUUUAAGGUAUCCGUUUUCGGGCUGUGACGUUAAAGCUGUUGAAUGAUAGUACUGUUUAUAAAUGAUUAAAACAGAAAACUAUA